AUGUACUCGCGACGCAUCCUCCCGCGCCUCUCCCCCACCACCACCGCUCCAUCCACCCCCUCCGCCGCCGGCCGGCCCUUCACCACCGCCGCGGCACAGUGGAACAAGUACUCGUCGACGCCGGCCCUCAGCGACAUCGCCCCCGAGCAAGGCCACGUCUUCGACGCCAAGCAGAAGGAAUUCCGCCAGAACCUCGCCGAGCAAAACCGCAAGCGUAAAGAACAAGAGCGUCAGUCUGCGUCCGCUGCUUCUUCGACUUCCGCUAAGUCCUCUUCCUCUUCCGCUUCUGCUUCGUCGUCGGUCUCUCAGGGACUAGGCUCACUCAGUUCCGCUGCAGGGGAAGCCGCGCGCCAGAACGAUGGCUCCGACAAGAAGAAGGGCUCGGGCCGGCUGUCGAGUCUGAUCUACGGCACCGAGGAGGGCCGCGAGAUGGAUCGCGAGAUUGAGCGCAGCUUCAGCCAGGUGCUGGCGAGGGGCAAGUAUGUGCAUAGUAUUGUCUUUCACGAGGUCAAGCCGGACAAGGUCGAUGAGUAUGUCGAGCUCGUGGGGAGCUGGUACCCGCGGAUGGCGAGCAUGCCGGAGAAUAAGGUGCAUCUGGUGGGCAGCUGGAGGACGGAGGUCGGCGAUUGUGAUACGUUUGUCCACAUCUGGGAAUACCAGCGUUACGCCGGCUACCACGCCUCGCUCAACUCGAUCCAGAACCACCCCGACUUCCCGGCCUUCGACGCGAAGCUCAAGACGCUCAUCACCACCAAGAAGACGUCCCUCAUGCAAGAGUUCCGCUUCUGGCCAACUUCUCCACCACGUUCGCUUGGAGGUGUGUUUGAGCUGAGAACAUACACGUUGCACCCUGGCAACCUCCUCGAGUGGGAGACGCACUGGCAGAAGGGCCUGGCUGCGAGGAGGGAGGUCAUGGAGGGUGUUGGAGCAUGGUUCGUCCAAAUCGGCGCCCUCAACGAAGUCCACCACCUCUGGCAAUUCGCCGAUCUCGAAGAGCGUCGUGCCCGGAGAGAGCAGAGCUGGAGCGUCCCUGGUUGGGGUGAGACUGUCCACAAGACGGUGCCGCUGAUCCAGACGAUGAAGAGUCGGAUUAUGGUUCCCAUGCCGUGGAGCCCGAUCGGAUAA